ACGGCGUCGCCGGCGCCGGUGCUCAUCCAGCUUGAUGUUCCGUGGAGUUAAUCGCCGUUGCAGCUUAAAGUGUACUCAACAUCAAUUUUAUGUUGGUGCACUCGCGGUCGGAGGGCGCCACGUGCGGCCGCGUGAUGCCGCAGGGCGGCGUGCAGGCGCUGGAGGCGAUGUUGUUCGCGCUGGACCACGCGCAGCGCCUCGCGCCACCCGGCGUGCGCCUCGGAGCGCACGUGCUCGACGACUGCGACAACGACACCUACGGCCUCGAGAUGGCCCUCGACUUCAUUAAGGGUUCAAUAAGCAACAUCGACGACGCAGAGUACGCGUGCAAUGCGACGGCGGUGCGCAAGGUGAUCUCAGGGGUGGUGGGCGCCGCGUCCUCCGUCACCUCCGUGCAGGUGGCCAACCUGCUGCGACUCUUCAAGAUCCCGCAGGUGUCGUUCUUCUCGACGUCGCCGGAGCUGUCGAACAAGGCACGUUUCGAGUACUUCACACGCACCAUCCCCUCCGACCUGCACCAGGUGCGCGCCAUCGUCGAGAUCGUCAAGAGGCUCGGCUGGAGCUACGUAUCUAUAAUAUACGAGGAAUCCAACUAUGGCAUUAAGGCGUUUGAGGAGUUGGAGACGAUGCUGGCGCGCAACGACAUCUGCAUCGCGGUGAAGGAGCGCCUCGUGAAGGACUCCGGCGAGGCGGACGCGCAAGCCUACGACGCGCUCGUGCUGCGCCUGCUGUCCCGCCCGCGCGCUCGAGGGGUGAUAGUGUUCGGGUCGGACCAGGAGGUGGCGGGCGUGAUGGCGGCGGUGACGCGGCUGAACGCGACGGACGCGUUCUCUUGGGUGGGCUCCGACGGGUGGUCGGCGCGGGCGCUCGUGUCCGCCGGCCGCGAGCGGGCCGUCGAGGGGACCAUCAGCGUGCAGCCGCAGGCCAACCCCGUGCGCGGCUUCAAGGAGUACUUCCUCAACCUCACCGUCGAGAAUAACCGCAGGAACCCCUGGUUUGUCGAGUUCUGGGAGGACCAGUUCCGCUGCCGCUACCCGGGCAGCGCGCGUACGCCGUACAACGCGGAGUACACGCGCUCGUGCUCGCCGCGUGCGCGCCUCGCCGCCGACCACGUGGAGUUCGAGGCGCAGCUGCAGUUCGUGGCCGACGCCGUGCUCGCCUUCGCGCACGCCAUCCGAGACAUGCAUCGAGAAUUAUGCGGAGGUGCGCCUGGGCUCUGCGACGCGAUGCGGCCCGCUAGCGGAUCGACGCUUUUGCGUUAUCUGCGGCGCGUGCGGUUCACGGGUCUCAGCGGGGACGAGUUCCACUUCGACGGCAACGGCGACGGGCCGGCGCGCUACAACAUCCUGCACUUCAAGCAGACCGCGCCGGGCGCGUGGCGCUGGGUGCGCGUGGGCCGCUACCUGGACGGCUCGCUGCAGCUGCGCCUCGACGAGCUGCGCUUCAAGCGCGAGCUGGCGCCGCCCGCCUCCGUGUGCAGCGCGCCCUGCCUCACCGGCCAGGCCAAGCAGUACGUCGAGGGCGAGAGCUGCUGCUGGCACUGCUUCAACUGCACGCACUACGAGAUCCGCUCGCCGCUGCUGGAGACGGCGUGCGAGGAGUGUCCGCUGGGCACGCUGCCCGACGCGCGGCGCAUGCGCUGUGCGCCGCUGCCCGCGCUGCACAUGCGGCCCGACGCGCCGCCCGCCAUCGCCGCCAUGGCCUUCUCCGCGGUGGGCAUCGCCGCCACGCUGUUCGUGGCGGGCGUGUGGGCGGCCCGCGGCGACACGCCCGUGGUGCGCGCCAGCGGCCGCGAGCUGUCCUUCGUGCUGCUCGGCGGCAUCCUCACCUGCUACCUGCUCACCUUCGUGCUCGUGCUGCGCCCCACCGACCUGCUGUGCGCGCUGCAGCGAUUCGGCACCGGCUGCUGCUUCACCGUCGUGUACGCAGCUCUACUGACGAAAACUAACCGUAUCGCCCGAAUCUUCGCAGCGAGUCGCAAGUCCGCGCGCCGACCUUCCCUCAUAUCUCCGAAGUCGCAGCUCGUCAUCUGCUCGAUAUUGGUCUCCAUCCAGGUGGUGGUGCUGGGCGUGUGGCAGGUGGCGUGGCCGGCGCGGGCCGUGCGGCACUUCCCAGCGCGCGAGCUGCAGCUGCUGGUGUGCGACUCGCACGUGGGCGCGUCCAUCGCCAUCGCCUUCUCCUACCCCGGCGCGCUCGUGCUCGUCUGCACCGUGUACGCCGUGCUCACGCGCAAGAUCCCCGAGGCUUUCAACGAGAGCAAGCAUAUAGGAUUCACGAUGUACACGACGUGCGUGAUCUGGCUCGCGUUCGUGCCGCUGUACUUCGGGACGGCGUCCCACGUCCCGCUGCGCGUCACCAGCAUGGCGGUCACCAUCUCGCUCAGCGCCAGCGUCACGCUCGUCUGCCUCUUCUCGCCGAAGCUGUACAUCAUCUUGAUGCGGCCGGAGCGCAACGUGCGCGCCAGCCUGAUGCCGGCCAAGUGGCGCGGCGCGGGCGCCACGGCGGCGGGCGGCGCCGUGAGCGCGGCGCUGCUGGGCUCCGCGGCCGCCGCGCCGCUGCGGCCGCCGCCCGACCCCACGCCCUCCACCGACCGCUCCACGCUGCCCGACACCGAGCGCGCCGCGGCCGACCGGCAGGUACAGACGGAGGAGUCGGCGCUGUACCCGCGCCUCGAGCUGCUGCCGGCGGCGGCGGACGACGGCGUGCGGCUGGACGCGCGGCGCCUGGGCUCGCAGCCGGGCGGGCUGCCCGCCUUCCCGCCGCCGCAGCGGGCCGGGCCGCCGGCGGCCGCGCGGCGCCGCCUGGCCCCGCGGCUGGUGGCGCUGGGCGCGGAGGUGCCCUUAUAG